UUGGAGUAGAUGAACAACUUGAUUAGGAGAAUACUCUAUUAUCAUGCUGAUUGUCUUCAGGGAUGUGUUUUAUGGUAAUUAUUUCAUAUUCUGUGUGUGUUUGUUGUGGACAGAUCGAUACUCUCAUCAGUACAGUUGAUCUGGAGAGGAAUUAUAACUCCGCAAUCUAGCUGAAAAUUAUACCAACAGACUCGACGGCUUUCUGUUCUGCUUAGCAGCUGAUAUGUAGGAGAUUUAUUCAAAGUAUCCAGAGUCAGUGUGAAUAACGGAAUCCUGAUUAGUUCUAAAAUAGAAUACAGUUCUUUUUUUCUUCUUUUUUUUUUUUUUUUGUAAGACCAUGCUCAAAAUAUGAAUAUUUAAGAUAUAUUUCAGAUGCAUCAGAUAUUUCUCAACAAUUACUUAGCUGUCAGUUCAACAGACUAUCAAAAUGUUUUGUAAUUUUAACCCUUUAAUAGAACUAAGUAAAAACCAAUAAUCUGUUUAAAGGUACCUGCUUAUUAUUAUAGAUAGAUAGAUAGAUAGAUAAAGCAAAGUUGUUAGCAAGUCCAAUGCAAGAACUUGUCUUAGCGUAACAAGAUAAGUUUUAGUCCAAUGUGGUAACAUUAGCGGUUUCAUGUAAAAAAAAAAAAAAAACUCCACGUGAGAGUUAAAAAAGCUGUGUCAUCAUCUGUCUCUGUGCGUGAGACAAACGAGAUGAGAAUCGUCUCAGUCAGAGGAAAUCCAGCAUGUAAUCCUGCUCAGCUCAUCACUUUGAGACCCGGGUUACGUAACGCUCAGCACACAGGUAACAACCGCCACUGAUACUCACACAUAUCCACACAAUUUCAUGAUAACAGGACGAGAGCAUAGAAAUGUGAGCGUAAAGUACAGUAAAGUGCACAAACCUGGAAAAUACUUAGAUUUCUUACAGUGUAGGCUGAUUUGAUACAUCUUAGGUGAGUAAAGGCAUAUAGAUGAUAUCUGUCAGUUCUCUUGAACCAGGGUUGAUGCAUUGAAUGCUUGUGACGAAAACAUAAUUACAGGAUUUGCCAGGUUAGUGCAUUUCAUUUUUGAAAGAGGGCUGAUUGUAAUGAUGAACUGCCUUAAAUUAGAUUGAGUGUUUAUUGCUGUGGUUAGUGGCCCCCUAUUAAAUACAGUAAAGCUGCUUUGACACAAUCUAUAGUAAAAAGCAUUAUAUAAUUAGACUAAACAUCAUUGCAAUUAGUAGCAGAAUUGUAUUUCAUUAAGAAUCUACACAUUUUAUGCUAUUUAUAUGAAAGUAAAGCUUUCUUUACACUACAGAAAUUAAGCUUUUUGGUUCACAGGAUGUUAACUGAUGGAGUGGAGUGGUGUGGAUUACUUAUUGUGAUGUUUUUAUUAGCUGUUUGGACUCUCAUUCUGACGGCACCCAUUCAGAUCCAUUGUUAAGCAAUGAUAAAUGUAUCCAAAUCUGUUCUCAUUAGGAAACAAACGUUCAUUUCAACAAAAGGUGCUUAAAUAAGCAGCUGUGCUCUCAUGCAGCUUCCAGGACUGCUUCUGUAUGGGUUAUAAAAGGUUUUAAAAGACAGCAUCAUGAAUGCCAUGGAGGUAUUUGCUCUUUGUGAUGUUAUGAACUGAGAUCUGUGAUGCAGUGGUCAGACCUGUCUGUCUGAUCUGGAUUUAGCUGUGAUCUGGAGGGAUGAGGAGGAUGUUUAAUGAGGAGCGUUUCCUGUUGUGUGGUCUGCAAUGACAAUGAUGAUGGUGAGAGAGUUGCAGAGUCGAGCAAAUAUCAGACUUAUAGACAUAGAAAGCGUUGAGAUCUUCUUUUGUUUUUCGGCUCAGUGUAUGUUUGAUCUCGUCACAUGAGUGGACAGAGGCUUUUCCAGAUAAUACCACUGAAAACACUGUCUGUUUACCUCCUGCAUAAUAGAGGCUUUCUCAUUUCAAACACAAAGUUACACUUGAUCUCGCAUAAACCUUAUUGUUUCUUAAAAGUUUGCUGAGCUUUAGGCUAAUUGUAGGAGAUGAUGUCUUGUUUUAAACGCAAUUUUGAAGACAAGAAUUGCAAUAAUGUUUAUAAUGGAAAUCUUUAUGUAGCCUUAAGAUCUGUAUAGUUUUUGAUACUUUUAAGUCACAUCCCUUACCAUGGUUUACUGUAAGUGCCCUUAAAUAGGCUACACUAUAACACAGCAGCCUGUACAUAUGCAUCAGAUGUUUCUAAGCAUAUAUAACGGGUUUGGAAGCUGGUUAUAAACCACUAAAAUUGUCUACACAAAAAUUUCAGUACUGCCUUUAAAAUAUCACGUGUAGGCUAAAUGAUUAAUGUCGUUUGUUUUCGCGUUUUUCUUUCAUUUCACUCUCAAAACUGAAGCUCCAUCUCACCUGAGCAAGGUUUAUGAAUAUUCAGUAGAACGCGUUCCGAUUGGUCGAUUAUCUGCUGACGUUGGUAUUGAGGCGGGAACAAAGCUAGACGCGCAUUCAAUAUUCAUAAGCAGCACCGCGGGGUUUUUAGCGUUUGCACUCGAUGCAGUCGCAGAAACGCAGUGAGGAGAAACAGACGAGCGUUAUUACAGUAACACAUUACAGACGAAAAGAAGAGCGACAUUUAGUAUUUUUCUCAGGUUAUGUUUUCAUUAUUAGCUGUCUAAUGGAUCUAGUGCAGUUUUUUCACCCGGAAUCUUUUUUCUUUCCUUCUGAACAGAACAACUUUCUGGACAUGAUGUCGAUCGAUGGACACUGUCCUGCCUACAUCAAGACGGAGCCAUCGAGUCCUUCCUCCCUGUCGGACAGUCUGACGCAGCACAGUCCCGGAGCGUCGUCGGACGCCGGGAGCAGCUACAGUUCAGUAGCUAAAGGCAAGCCAACAGGUCUGGACUCUCCCGCUUCAUUCCCUGCGGCGGAGGCGGAUCUUAGGCCCCCCGGCGCCCCCUGCAGGCAGCUGGAGGAAACACAGGAGAAGAGAGGAUACGGGCUGAGCUCGGGCCCCAAACGCCUGUGUCUGGUGUGUGGAGACGUUGCGUCUGGUUUUCACUAUGGAGUGGCUUCCUGCGAGGCCUGCAAAGCAUUCUUCAAACGCACUAUUCAAGGAAACAUCGAGUACAGUUGCUCAGUCAGCAGAGACUGUGAGAUCACUAAAAGAAGGAGGAAGUCCUGUCAGGCCUGCCGCUUCACUAAGUGUCUGUCUGUGGGGAUGCUGCGAGAAGGUGUGCGUUUGGACCGGCUGCGAGGAGGACGGCAGAAAUAUAAGAGGAGAAUCGACUCUGACUCCAGCGUCUUCUUCAGUGUACAGCAACCUCACAGAAAACAACCGUCCUGCAGCACUCAGGGGGAGAAUAAGGUGGUGACCCUGCUGUUGGGGGCGGAGCCAGAGAAGCUGUGUGCCAUGCCUGACCCCGCCCUCCCUGACAGUGACAUCAAAGCCCUAACGACCUUGUGUGACCUCGCCGACAGAGAGCUGGUGCUCAACAUCAGCUGGGCCAAACACAUACCAGGUUUCUCCAGCCUCUGUCUGUCCGAUCAGAUGAGUCUCCUGCAGAGCGCGUGGAUGGAGAUCCUCAUCCUGCGUGUGGCUUUCCGCUCGCUGCCCUGCGAGGACAAACUAGUGUUUGCAGAGGAUUACAUCAUGGAUGCUGAACAGGCCAAAUCAGCAGGUCUGCUGGAGCUCCACAAGGCCAUAUUACAGCUGGUGCGCAGGUACAGGUCCAUGAGGCUGGAGAGAGAAGAGUUUGUCACUCUGAAAGCCAUCGCUCUCGCAAACUCAGACUCGAUGCAUAUAGAAGAUGUGGAGGCCGUUCAGGGUCUGCAGGACUCCCUCCAUGAAGCUCUUCUGGAUUAUGAGUGUGUCCAUCAUGGGGAAGACCCUCGACGGACGGGGAAACUGAUCAUGACCCUUCCGCUCCUCCGCCAGACCUCGGCCAAAGCCGUGCGGCACUUCUGCAGCAUCAGGCAGGACGGACGCGUCCCCAUGCACAAACUCUUCCUGGAACUUCUGGAGGCAAAUAUCUGAUCGUUUACCUGAUUGGACCGUCAAACAGAGGUGACACGCCCCUCCUGCACACGAUUGGAUAAAGGAUUAUUCACGAAUCCAGGGAAAACAACAGGCGCUUGUCAUUGUCAUGAUACCUAACAAUAAUACAGCAUAUUCUCAGACAAAUACAGUUUGUUUUAUAUAGUUGAGGAUGACAGAUAACCAAAAAAUGAAGUAUCCAAUAUACAGUACUGUUCAAAAGUAGUUUUUUUAGGAAAUUAGUAAUUUUAUUCAAGGAUGCAUUAAAUUGAUCAAAAGUGUCAGUAAAGACAUGCUACAAAAGAUUUAUAUUUCCAAUCUUUUGAACUUUCUAUUCAUCAAAGAAUCCAAAAUGUGUUAUGGUUUCCACAAAAAUAUCAUCAGAACAUCUGUUUUCAACACAAUCAUAAAUGUUUCUUGAGCUGCAGAUCAGCUUAUUAGAAUGAUUUCUCAAGGAUCACGUGACACUGAAAUAGUGAUGCGGAAAAUUCAGCGUUGAUCACAGGAAUAAAUUACAGUUUUACAUAUAUUCAGAUACAAAACAGUUAUUUUAAAUUAUAAUACUAUUACAGAUUUUUCUGUAUUUUUGAUCAAAUAAAUGCAGCCUUGGUGAGCAUAAAAUACUUUUUUUAUUUUUAAACAGAUCACACCGAGCCCAAACAUUUAUGAGUGAGUGCUGGAAGUGAAUAAAUAUUGUUAAAUUAUUGGAGAAACUAAAUCUCAAGCUCAAAGGUGUUCAGUGUUUGCAUUUUAUUUAUCUAAGUUAUUCAAGACUUUUUUAUUUUAAUUUUUUUAAUCAGUUUUCAUAAGAUUAGGUUUCAUAAGUUUUAUCACAGCAGAGAGUGUCAGCCUUGCCAAAUAUUAGUCAGUAAUUGCUCCCCUCACACAGAUAUGAAGAAAAAAGUGUUAAGAUCUACUACAGAAUUGAAGUUAAAAGGGCUCAGAGGUGCAGUCUAGACACAAAUAUAACGUAUAGAUCAACAGCAAUUAAGUGUAGAAACAUCACAGGUAUACCAAAGCACCUUUAUUAAAAAAGUGACCUGAUUAGCAUAAUAAAUAACAUACCAAUGAAGGAUUUUUUUUGGUCUCCAGAUGCUUAUUUAGAUCUACACAACUAAAGCUUAUUGCAGCUUUUAUUUAUUCCAUAAUUGCCAACUGGAAGGUUUUUGCUCUGAAAAACCAUAGCAAUUUCUGCUUGUUAUGUGAAAGUAUCAUCUGAAGCAAUAACUUAACUGAAUCUUUUAACAGUACAUUUGAUUUACCGAUUUACAUUUUAACUCACAAUUCUCAUUUUUUGUUUUUUUGAAUUGCAUGACAUUAACUCGCAGUUGCAUAUGGAAAGGUAUGAACUGCAAAGUAGAAACUUGCAAAAGUAGUGACUUUUAUCAAAACUGGACUCUGUAACUUGACAAUGCGAGUUUAUUUCUCAUGAUUCUGAGAAAUAAAGUAUAAACUUAUUAUAAAUAUCACAUAAUUAUGACUUUAAUUCACAGAACUGCGUCUUUUUUAUCUUGCAGUUCUUUUAUUCGCACAGUUCUGGGGGGAAUACAAUGACCUUUCUUAUUUGUUUUGAUCCUGUGGCGGAAACAGGCUUCCAUAGUCAUGCUUUUCUAUGUUCAGAUAAUACAUUUAAUAUGUUUACGGUAACAGAGGAAACAGUAGAUACAAGUAGAGAGACAGAGAAAUGUGUCUGAGAGCAGGCUGAUCUCUUCUGUGUGUGAUACUCACAUUGUGAGGAGUUCUGCCUGUUAUCUACCGUUCUGUGUGUGUUUUCACCGUUUCUGCUUGUGUAGGUUUGUGGAUGUUGUAUGACACUCAAUGUUGUUUCCUCAGUAUGUUUGAUUACAUGCAAUAACUUUUUUUUAAAACAUGUAAAACAUGAUGAAAAUGUUCAACAAUAAUGCAUUAAACGGCCGACUUCACUU